AAAUAUGAACUUGAAGAUGAAGUGCCUAAUUGUUUUAGUAGCUCUUACAACCUUGGCUAUUGCCAAACCAGCAGCCAGAAUUGUUGGUGGAGAAGAUGUUGAUCCUCCAGGAAAGUACCCAUGGCAAGGAUCUCUACAAAGUUUCUCUGACUUCCACAGUUGCGGCACUGUUGUUAUCUCAAACAAAUAUGUUUUAACUGCUGCUCAUUGCGUAAUUAGCCAAAGUCCAGCCACCAGAAAGGUUGUUUUGGGAAUGCAUGACAAAGACACUCGUCUAGAAGGAAAUCCAACAGACUACAACAUCGAAAGAAUUGAUAACCAUCCUUUGUAUACUUCUGGACCCCCAACUUAUUGGGCUAAUGAUGUUGCUGUUUUGACCAUCGAAGGAACUAUCGAUUUGACCGAUCAAUAUGUCAGCGCUAUUGGCAUGGCCGAUGAAAACUCUCCAGAUUUCUCUGACAAUGAAGAUUGUCAUAUUACUGGAUGGGGCAGAACCCGAGGAGGUGGUCCUUCACCAAACAUCCUUCAAGAAGCCAACAUCGAUGUUCUUUCUCCUGCAGAAUGCAGAGCUAACAGACCCGGACAAAUCUAUGACUACCAUAUCUGUGUUGGAAAGAGAUUUACUGCCGAUCAAGGAGCUUGCCAAGGAGAUUCUGGUGGUCCUUUGUCCUGCCGUCACAACGGUAACUGGGUUGUUGCUGGUAUUACUUCAUGGGGAAAUAGUUUCUGCGCCACUACUCAAGCCUCUGUCUACGCUAGAGUUGGAUUCUCUGGAAUCAGAUCCUUCAUCAGAGAAAUCACCAAUAUGUAA